AUGGCAGCGUUGUCAGGCAGAGUUGCUGUGCCGAGGCCCGGCAGGGCUCAGUGUGCAGAGCAGCUCUGUGCACGCUCACUGCAGGGGAACCUGCUCAUCGACGAGGUCUCUGCCAGCACGACUCUGAGUAUUUUUCUUUUCUCCCUACAGGCCUUGUCUGGUGCAGACUUGACCGGCGCCGCUCAAGCCAUGGAGGGAGUGUGUGCUGCAGCUUUCACGGCCUUCACUGUGGCUUAUUCCGGGUACUUUUUCACCCACCUGGCACGUCACAUCAGCCUUGCCUGGAGAGAAUCCAGUCUUUGGAGGCCAAAAGGAACCUCGGAGCCUCCUGUGGCUGCGGGUCUUCCUGAAGACGAGGCCAAAGGGGAGGAAGAUGCCCAGCAAAGUGCCCCUGGUGCCACUGCGGGGCCUGAGCAUCCAGCAUCAAGCAGAAGGGCAGCGUCAGCACCUGCUCUGGCUGCCUCUGUACCCGAGGAAGAGGCUGAAGAGGAGGAAGGUGCCGAUGAACCUGCCCCUGCUGUCAGCCCAGGGCCAGAGCAAAGAUCAUCAAGCUCCACCUCCUCUGUCCUGGCACCUGCAGGAGCUGCAGCGGAAGGCUCUGAAGGAGCCUCCAGUCCCCAAGCUGGCAAGUCAAGCGUGAGCAGCUCGUGCAUCUGGAGCACGAGUAGCUCCUCUGGCAGCAGAGAGCAGCUGGGAGAGAGGAGAGAGGACAAGUACCUGGCCAAGCUGAAGAUGCUGGUGAGCGAGGGAGAUCCUGAGGCUGUAUACACAGAACUGGAAACUAUUGGCAAAGGGGGUUUUGGCCUGGUGUGCAUGGCAGUGGAGACUGCCACAGGAGAAGAGGUGGCCAUAAAGAAAAUUAGUCUCUUGCAAGAGAGCGGCAGCGAACUGUGCCUGAAUGAAAUCCAGGUCAUGCGUGGCAAUAAGCACGCCAACCUUGUCAACUAUGUAGACAGCUACCUGCUGGACGAGGAACUCUGGCUGGUGAUGGAAUACAUGGACGGAGGUUCCUUACACGAUGUCAUCAGGGAGACUCGUCUGGCAGAAGGAGAGAUAGCAGCUGUCUCUCGGGAGUGCCUGCAAGGCCUGGAUUUCCUUCACUCCAAGCAAGUGAUCCACCGGGACGUCAAAAGCCGCAACAUUCUCCUGAGUCUGGACGGAUCUGUCAAGUUGGCUGAUUUUGGCCUUGCUGCUGAGCUCACCGCUGAGCAGAACAAACGGAGAUCAGCUGUCGGGACCACUUACUGGAUGGCGCCUGAAAUCUUCACCAGGAAGCUCUAUGGCCCCAAAGUGGACAUCUGGUCCUUUGGCAUCGUGGCGAUCGAGAUGGUGGAAGGGGCGCCUCCUUACUGGAAUGAAACCUCCCGCACGGUUCAAGAGCUGAUCAGCAGCGGAGGCAGGCCGAAGCUGCAGAAGCCCAGGCAACAGUCGGCGUGGUUGCGAGACUUUCUGCACUGCUGCCUGGAGAGGGAUGAGGACAGGCGCUGGUCUGCCCAGGAACUGCUGCAGCAUCCGUUUGUAACAUCAGCCAAGCCAACCUCCGACCUGAUGCCUCUCAUCAUGGCCACGCAGCAGUUUAUGGCCGACAGGAGAUACUAG